UCUUCCCUGUCUCUCUGUGUCUAUUCUUUCUUUUUCAUCUCUGUCUUUUCCCCAUUCUUUUCCAAACGCGCGCGAUAGAUUCGCAGCCCUUCAACCACCAUUAUGCACAUCCCCACUACCAUUCCGCUCCUCCUCUUCACCCUCGCACCCUACGUCACAGCCCAUGGCAAAGUGACGCACCUGACCGGCUCCGCAGGCGGGAACACGACCGCGCUCGGCAUAAUCGGCGGCAUCGUUCCCAACACGGGGCCCAACUCCGAGACCGAGGUCGACACGACGGUAUUCAAGGGGGGCAUCAAGAGCGACGGGCUGGGGAAGACGGAAGGGGGAGGGGAGAACAGGGUGGAGGAUCUGUGGAUCGCGAGGGGGUUGAGUGAUGGGGGAAAUGGGGGAGUCGCGUUGGUGGGGAAGGAGGACGGAUGGGUGGAGGGGGUUUGGCAUGUUGUUGUUACGGACGGCGCAGGACCGCUGAAAGCCGUAAUCGACACCACAGCCUCAGGAUCCUUCUCCAACGGAACGGAAGCUGAGAUCCUACUGGACAUCCCCGGGAAAAACGGAAAUCUGAACCCAGACGCAUCGAUCCCGCGCUCCUUGUCGCUGGCAGCACUGUCUACUCGCACCAAUCACCUCCUGAGGCGCGGCGCGAAGACGGUGAAUAGGGACUAUACGUUCCGUGUUGCGGUGGCGGGGGACACCAAGUGUGAGGGAAAGGUUGCGGGAUUGGAUGGCGUUUGCUUUAUGAAGAUUGCUAAUGAAAACGCGGCCGGUCCGUUUGGCGGCGUUGUGGCAUUCCAGAUGGUAGAUGGAGGCACUGUCAACAAUGGGACUAGGGUCGUUAAUGGCGAGAGGGUCAAGUGUGGGAAUGAGACGAUGCUUGUCGGACAGAAACGAGCGGUUGGGAAGACAUUCAGUGCUUAGGGAUCGAGGGAGUGUUGAACUUCAGUUGAGGCCGGCGGCUUAAGGCAUAUCUCAGCUGUCGAAAGUCCAUGUUGACGGGAGGCAAAGAUAUCCACAAGAGCCAGAAACCUAUUAUAAACAUCCUAAACAGCAGUCACUGCUCCCCGUGUUAUCAUUCCCUCGAAUCCGAGAACACAUUCGAUGCAACUAUUCAGAUAAGAAUGGUCGGCAAUCUAGGAUUGAAAUGACCUGGCGUCAUCAAUGGAUUAGUUCGACAAGGGCUCGCACGUGAGAAAGCAAGAGU